GGCGGGCCGGAAGCCGGUGGGGGCGCGGCCCGCUGCGGGUGCCCUACCCUCGCUCGCAACCGACCCAGGGUCUGGGGCGCCCGCGAGACGGAGUUGGUGCCACCAAAGUUGGGGUGUGAAUUUGCCUCUACUGACAGCACCUGGUUGAGUGGUUUUGGUCUAGAAAACUCCACAAAGCUCCUCGACUGGGUAUUCUGUCCGUGUGUCGCAACCUCAGGAAACCAGCAGCAUGGCAGCAAACAAGAGUAAGAGCCAAAGCUCCUUGGCUCUUCACAAGGUGAUCAUGGUUGGCAGUGGAGGGGUUGGCAAGUCGGCCCUGACACUUCAGUUCAUGUAUGAUGAGUUCGUGGAAGACUAUGAACCUACCAAAGCUGACAGUUACAGAAAGAAAGUAGUUCUUGAUGGAGAAGAAGUCCAGAUAGAUAUUCUGGACACUGCCGGACAAGAAGACUACGCAGCCAUUCGAGACAACUACUUUCGGAGUGGGGAGGGUUUUCUCCUGGUGUUCUCAAUUACAGAACAUGAAUCGUUUACAGCAACUGCCGAGUUCAGGGAACAGAUCCUCCGCGUUAAGGCUGAAGAAGAUAAAAUUCCAUUGCUGGUGGUGGGCAACAAGUCGGACUUGGAGGAGCGGAGGCAGGUGCCAGUGGAAGAAGCUCGGAGUAAGGCGGAGGAGUGGGGUGUGCAGUACGUGGAGACGUCGGCCAAGACGCGGGCCAACGUGGACAAGGUGUUCUUUGAUCUAAUGAGAGAAAUCAGAGCAAAGAAGAUGUCAGAAAACAAGGACAAGAAUGGCAAGAAAAGCAGCAAGAACAAGAAAAGUUUUAAAGAAAGAUGUUGCUUACUGUGAAUGUCAAGAUGGUGGAUGAAGUCAAUCGCAGCUAAGGACAUAGGGCGGGUGGUUAAGGGAAGACUCUAGUCUACUUCUUGGUGUGUUCCCUGCUCACCCCAACUUCAUUCAUGCAGACUUCUCAAAUGGGGAAAAAUAUUUGUGAAUCAGUGGCUGGCAGAAGAAAGAAUUCCUUGACCUUGCAAUGGACUGGCUGCUUUGUCAGGAGGUUUGGGAGUUUCCCUCUUUCUCCUUCCCUGUCUCCCUCCUUCCCUCCCAGAAGCUUAGCUGUGUAUAUAGUGCUAGAGGUAGGAAAUCGUCCAGUGUGUAGUAAAUGGAAGAGGACUGUCGUAGCAUCUUCCCCCCCACCCCCAGUUUCAUAACAUUAGCAUCUUUGGUUUUGAAAUGAAAAUGUCUUAUUUUAUUAGGUUUUGGGGGAAGGAGUGGGGUAAGACUCCGCUAACCCUUGUCAGCUUAACAGUAGUACUCAGAAAAAUCCAGUAAACUCUAAUGAUGUUGAAAAAUUCAAAGAUUUUUUUUUUGAUACGUUUCUUGGCAAUACCCAGUGGAUCUGAAUCAUAGCUAAAAAAAUAAAUUUGAAUUGGGCCAAAAAGGUCAAUACCAAGCUCAUAAAUUCUUCUCCCAUAUGAAAAAUGAAAGUUGUCUUUUUUUGUAUGUAAAUAUUGGCCAAUGAUAGCCUGUGUUGGCUAUUUUCCUCUUGUAGCAUCCUGAUUUUUGUGUAGGAGCUUUUUAAUAGACUAAGUGAAAACUCAAGAGUAAUAUGCUUUAUAAUCAGAUUUAAAAAAUUACUUUGCUAAAUCCUCUCCUAAUUGCCAGUCCUAUGGGGAGGCCCCUUCUUCUCCAACUAGUAAUCAGCACACCCUGUCCUCCUGAUCAGCUUCUCUCUGCUUGCUGAGGGUGGGAGAAGCUCUUCUUUUGUUUCUUUACGUGUAACAUGAGUUCCUCAGAAGAAUGUGAUGAGUUAAAAUUGUAUUCUAAAAUCAUGAAGUCAGAGCCUGUGCCAGACAUUCUACCUCUCAUAGAAUUGCUGAGUGAUUCUAAAUUUAAAAUUAGAAGAAAUGGGAAAGGAAAAGUCAUUGCCCCUUUAUCUCUGAGAAUUGGCUGCUCUUUCUAAUUUUUUUUUCUGAGACAGCCAUAUGGUUAGGAAAAGGUUUUUAUUGAUGAGAUAUUAUUAAUCUUUCUUGAAUUGAUAUUCCAAAUUCACCAAUCAGAAAAUUUUCUAUCAGGAAAAGAGUGCUGUGAUAAAAACCCAAUAUUCACAUCUUUUCCCCAUUCUUCAGAAGUGACAUUUUACACACAGGUGCCAAAAAUGAAUUGGGGUGGGGAGAGCAGGAACCUUUCAAAUUUAUGGUUACUAUAGAAAUCGUAGAAAUUAUGAGCUGACUGGAAAACAAUUUUGUAUCACCUACCAAAGAACAAUGGGUUUUUGAAUUAAAAAAAGCAGAUAAAUAUACUUUUUCAGGAUUUCAGCCUUUUUAUUUUAUCCUUUUGUCAUUCAUGUGAAAUGCAAGUAUUAAAUUGACAGUGAAGUUAUUCAUAACUGUUCUUGUUUGAUGUUCGGCAAUAGCAGACAAAUUUUAUUUCAGUUACUCCUUUAAAUUGGGCUGUGGGAAAUAAAAUUAUAAGUAUAAACAGUAAUAUUAACAUCAUCUUUCCUUUGGGAAAGAUAAGAUGACUACCCUUCUUAAAAUUGAAAGAGUCGAAGGUAAUCACACUCUUGAAUUUUUGACACAACCUAGUUUUUUUCAUCCUAGUUUGCCACCUGUUUGAUAUCAGUUCUGGUCAAGAGUCAGUAGAUUUGGAAUAUAUACAAAUAAAUUAAAGAUGGUAUGAAUUGUUUCAUGCUAUGGAAAUUAGUAUUGGUAUAUGCUAUUAGUAUAUGUCUAAAAUCAUUUAACUGAAUAGCAAUCAGAAAUGGGUCUUGCUAACAAAAUAAUUUAUACAUAUGAGAGUCUUUUCCAUAGAAUUAAGAAAUGUUAUUUAUAAAUUUGAAACAUAGUUACUUGCUAAAUGAUUAGCUAUUGUGUCCAUAGCCUAGCAUUAUUUUUUAAAGUAUUCAUUCUAGAAACGUGAGCAUGUACUUCACGUCAGGCUCUAUUCUAGGUGCUGGGAUGUGGUGUUGAACAAGGUGGGUAAGCUCUCUACUCUGCUAGAGCUAAUGCUUUAGUGAGGAAAGAGACAAAUAAAUGAAAAUAUUAGGGCAAGUGCUUUGCUGAAAAUAAAACUGGGUAAUAUGAUAGGAAAUGCUCCUGGGCAGUAGAACUGCUUUCAUUUGGAAGCGUCUCCAAGGGGGUGACGUUUAAGCUGAGGAAGGAGCGAGCCAUGGGAGGAGCUGGUUGGGUGGGUGUGGGAGCUUUCCAGGCUGGAUAACAGCUGGUCCAAAGGCCCAGAGAUGUUCAGGAAGAGACCCCAAUGGCCAGUGUAUGGCUGGAGUACAAUGAAGGAGAGGCAGAGUAGGAAAAGAAAAUGUAACCGUCUGUGACUUCAUAAAGUGAUGUAGGGGGAAAAUACCUCGAUAUAUAAUUUUUUACAAGUAUUGUAUUUUAUCAAAUCUAAGACACUAUUGAUUAUAAGAGGUCAUCAUAAUUUAUAUACCACUAAGAAAAAAAAUCCUGCCCAUUGAGUCCAUCCUUAUUUCAAUGACGCAAAAAUGUGGGGAAAAUGUAUGCUUUGGAUUAGGUGAAUUAGAUAUAAAUUUAAAUGACAACUGAAAUAUAAAAUUCACCUCUGGUCUAGAAGUGACAUAAUAAAAUACCAUGGAAGCUUAACAGUGGAUAAAUAUUAACAGUGGAUGGGUACUAGUAUAUACCGUUAAUGUUAUAGUAGUAAACUUUACUUUGAUAUUUUUAUUUUAAAAAUUCAUUAAAUUAUUUAAUCAAAAUUGUAAGUGCAUGUGCUUUAAAAUUAUAACGGUCAGAAGUGCUUGUGAUGGAAGCUACUGGGUUGUCGGGUAAAUCAUGACGUAUUUUUCUAUGUUUUUCAAUGCAAAAAUGCAUCAUGACUUUCCUGAUGACCCAAUACUUAGUCUUGCUCUCCCCUAUCCCAGGCCUGUUCCUCAAAAGUCGUAUCUAACCAUUUCUAUUCUCAGAUCGUUCCUUAGGUACACCCGUAUUUCUAAGUACUAUCUUUAUGCCGUCGUUUCUUGAUUUUCCAUCUCAGGCGUUCCUGCUGAUGACUUGCUGUAGUAGAUGAGGCUUAAGGUCACUUGGUUCCCUCACUCCCAUCCCCAUUUUAACAGUAAUAUCGCUGUUUUUAAUUCCUCUCUUGGUGACUGUUACACCUUUUAAAACUAUAUAUUUAAACUUCUGUUUAUUAUUCAAUCAACUCUUGAUAGCAUCUCCUGGCUCCCCGUUUUGAAAGGUGAGGCUAUAACACUCCUGCUGGUUACCUCUUGAUCUCACCUCCCAGCUUUUGUUAGCUUUUCCUUCUCUGUUACAACUUUCACACUAUUAAGGUAGGUGGCAUGAAUAUCCCAUUCUGUGACCAUAAUUCAAACUUUCCUGGUGUGUCUAUAGAUAAAUUCCAAAUGUUAAAUUACUAGUGCAACGACAAUUUGAUUAUUAUGACGUGUGUAAAUAUGACUCAUCACCGAGCCAAGGAUCUUGUGGUUAGUGCAUCUCUUUCACGCCACAGUUCUGGCGUCACCACACACAGGAGAGCGUUCCUGGUGUCUGGUCAAGUGGGUUCUUCCCUCAGUUGCCUGAAUCACCACAUUUGAGCUUGUUUCAUCUUGAGACUGUUUCCUCUGCAGUUGCCCCCACUUUCUCACAUUUUCCCUGAAGUUUGAUUGCUCUUAUCUUAUUGAGAGCAUAAAUAUAUGCUCUCUUUUCCCUGAUGCCAUCUUUUGUUUUCUUUCUGUGCUCGGGAUCUGCUUCCUGUCUUCUGAAGACAUCCUCCUUAGAGCUCAUUGAUGGCCUUGUCUGAUUUGGACUGAUUACUUUCUAGGUCCUCUGCACAGCUGCUGUACUGACACCUGUUUUCAUUGGACACCUGGGUUAAUUCCAGUUUCAAGUCCAACAUCUUUUUUGUUUUUUACCCUCAUUUUGCUGGAGUACAUUUUCAGAAACGGUAUGCUAAUGGUAAACUUAGUCUCUUGGUAUAUAUGACAGUAUUGUUAGUUUUGUCCUUUGUUUAAUUGCUAGUUUGGCUUGGAAUAGAAUUCUGGGUUCAGAAUUUUUCCUUAGUUCUUGGGAGACUUUGCUUCAUUGUCUUCAAGCAUCUGUUGUUGCUGUUAGAACUGGUUUUAUUCCAGUUGUCAUUUCUUUGUAAUGGGUGCUCUGCUUCCACCCCAACCCCCCUUCUGGAAUUGUAGAGGAUUUUCUCUUUAUCCAUAGUGUCUGAAAUAGUGAUAGAUCUAAAUAUGGGUUCGUUAUAUCACCCUGCCUAACAUUCAGUAGAGUCUUUAAAGGAAGACAUCUCUUCAGCUCUAGAAAUAUAUUUCUGAAUUUCUGUGAUUAAGUCUUGUUUGCUGUUCUUUCUAGAACUCCUGUUAUCAGCUUUUGGACCUCCUAGAUUCAUAUCUGCCUCAUCUUUUCCUGUAUCUUCCAUCUUUAUUUUCUUUCAGAUUCCUCCCCCUCCCCCUUGCCUAUUCCCUCCCAUCUCCUCCCCUCCCCCCGCCUUUUCAUCACCUGUGAUUUGCCAAGCACUACUGUAGGUUCUCAAGAUACAGCAAUGACUGAAACAGAUGAAAUUCUUUGCCCUCCUGAGGCAUGCACUAGUGGAAUGAACUUUGUUUUCUAAUUCAUUGUGUGUGUCUCUGUGUGUGUACAAAAGCUUUCUUUGUCUCUAUUUUUCAUAGCAAUUGUUCUUGGCCUUAUGGAUUCAAUAUCUUGACAUUCUAAAGACAUUAGGUCUUUGUAAAGUUCGAUUCCCAGAAUUAACUUUGUUUAAUUUUUAUUCAGUUUAUCACUUGAUUCUGUUCUUUAUCUUUUAAGCUGCAAUUUCUCUCAAAUGUCCAGUGACCUCGUUGUCCAGCCAUAUACUUAGAGAGACUAGGAAGACCAGCCAGGAGCUCCAUGUACAUAAGUGGGGCUUGUGAAAUAGUAGGUUUGACUUUGGGAUGAGUGUGGACACCCCUAAUGCCUACACCAGGGAAGGUGUGCUCUUGGGACCAGCUGCCAGGCAGGCCUCCUUGGUUCUCCCCGGACACUCGGUUUCUUUAAAGAGAAGAGCCCUGGUGACAGACGGAGUAAGGACUGUUCCUAGGCAGACUUCUAAUUAAUAUCACUAUUUUCAGCCACACUCCAUACUCCUGCUGCUCAGUCUGCUCAUGUUGGGGAUCCCACGAGGCAAACCAGCCCCACCUCUCUACAGACCCUUCUUCGUUCUUGUCAUCUGGAUUUCAGCUUCCAUAAAUUCGUGGCACUUGUGCGUUGACUAGCGGCCCUGUCCCAUGCUCUGGACCCCCUGCAGCUUUCCUGUCCUAGGACUCGAGUCUUCAGGAGGCAGGAGAGACUAGCACUGCAGCAUUGUCUUCCAUUCUGACAUAGUUUCAUUUUAAGAAAUAUUUAAUAUUUCCUUUUUUUUGCAGAUCAAUGUUGAGUAAAGGAUAGAGUAAACCCACGGAUUUGACCUUAUGCUUAGGACACUGGAUCUUGGGAGCAGGCCUGUGGAAAUCCCUGUUCUGCAGGCGUGUGGGGCUCACCACGGGGGUCAGACCUGGGUCUAGCCAGUUGUCUUCUGCCAUCAACUUUAAAGGAGGUGUCGUGGGUUUUCCCUGAGCCUGGUUCGAAUCCAUUAAAUAUGUUGUCUUUUAUCUCUCGGGUGAUUAGUUUAUUACUUGCUAUGUGAAGUGGUAAUUUCUUGUUUAUCCUAUCUUUUUUGAAAUGUGGUUUACUUUUGAUGUUCCCUUGUUUUAGUCUUGUCAAGAAAUUUGAGUUAACAUACCUGUGUGUUAAUGAUUAUAUAGGGUUUUUUUUUGUUUUUUGUUUUUGUUUUGUCAUCAGGCUUAGGAAAACCCUAUUUCCCAGUUAUGGUCAGUUUGUUGCUUUGCUCCCUGGCAAUGCUGUUUUUUAAAAUGUGUGUUGCUAAUAUAGACUACCCGGCUUCUUUUUAUGAUUUAGUACAUAAGUUUCACUUUUUGAGGGCUUUUGGAAAGGAUGUAGUAAAAAAUUUAAAACUAAUUUGGGCUCUUGAGUUUAUGGCUAGUCUUUCUGUGAAGAAGAUACUUCCUCCAGUAAUACCCCACACCCCAUCUUGGUCUAAUUUAAAUGCGGGAGCAUGUUCUGACAUCGUGUAGCCAACUACUAAUUCCUAGUCAUUCGGCUGUGUGCCACCAAGCUAAAUGUUCUCAGUUAUACUGACAUUAUCGUCAGAAGCGUUGCUAGAAUGAUUGACUGCCCACAUGUGGCUUACACAGGUAGAACGCGGCCUUUGGUUCUCUGUCUGAGAAGCUGAGGCAGAGCCGAGGCUUCAUUUCUCACGUGGACUGUGAAGGUCCUGCCAGCCGUGUGCUGAGUCCUGGGCAGAAACGAAGCCGCCAGCUGCCUUGAGGACAAAGGUGCUUUUCUGGAGUGCAUCGCUUCUCUCCUCUGAAUGGUCUGUGCUCAUGAGGCAUUAAAGAAGGACCAGGUGUCUGCGUGAUUUCCAAGUUCCAAAAUCCUUAGGAAAGUUAGCUUCUAUAAACUUUAUGUUUUAAAUAAAAAAAGCUUAAUUAUUUCUAGUAAUUAAACCAAAUACAUCUCAAGGCACAGGAGUCAAAAGGAUAAAUUGGUUAACAUCUUAAGGGCUAAGUCACCAAAUAAUUCUUAAUAUAUUUCAGUAGUUACAGCUGGAAAAGCUUUCCUAAAAUCUCAUGUAUCCAGUGAAAACAAAUGUAUGAUAUCAUUAUUUUCCACCUAUGAUAAAAAUACAUAAACACAGACCGUGACUGACACUCAUUGACCACACGUUGGUUUUAGUGACAAGAUAUCGUCUUGGCCCAUGCAGAGUCUUCAUUUCAGCACAACUGAAAAUGUUGCUCCUGGCUGCUGUUUCUCAGCGUGUUGGGAGGGGUUACAAGUGUCCCCCAGGGUUGGUGGGAAGUGCUGGGAACUGUACCCUGGUUGUGGAGACUCACAGAGUGUAGCUUCCUUAUGGGCUCUGAAACUGGCAGCACUUUCCAAAUGCAAUUGGCCAUUUCAUCAACCCGAACUGUGCAAAUUGUGUUCUGAAUUAGGGAUAGAUAGGUUGUUUUAGGUAAGUGUACGGAGGUUUUUUGUUUGUUUGUUUGUUUUCCUGCAGAGAUGCUUGAAUUUGUAGGUGUAGGGAAAUAUUACUCUUUUUGUCUUUAAUGGUUAAGGAAGCCUUAUGUUCCAGGCACACAAACAUUGCAGUCCGCCUCCAUUUCUGCCAGGCUUUUUGGGGCAAGGUCACCAGUGACUUCCUAUUGCAGAAUGAGACGGGUCUUUUCAGGCUUCGUAGCAUUUGCUAAUGUUUCUCUGACUUAGAUUUCUCCUGGUUCUUUCACCUCUCUUCUGGGUCUCAUUCCUUUACUGCUUCAUUCUCACCCACUCUUUUUUUUUUUUUUUUAAAUUCAGGUUUAUUGAAGAAUAAUACACGAAUAAUAAAAUGCCCUUUUAAAGCCCAGAUCUGAUUAUCUCUUCACCCUAAAUAGCCACAGAAUACUGCCCAGACAUAGCAUACUAGCUGCCUUCAGCCUUCCUCAGGUCUUGCCCCGUCCUUCCCUGCUCUCCAUGUCCCCUGAUUGCUGUCCCACAACAUGCCAAGGCCUUUCUGGUCACGUCCUUCUUUGUGGCUUUCCGUGACAUUCGUUAUCAGUCCCUCGCAUAGUUACUUGCUGCUGCCCUGUGUGCUCUCGUCCUCUCGUCGUGUGAGCAGUUGUGAGCCUCAACCCUGUCUCUGGGCUUCAUAUCAUUUUUGGCUUAUUGUAGGAUCUGAAGUGUUUGCUAAAUUGAAUUACAUAGUUCAAAUGUGAAAUCAUAUAGCCUUGAUGAAGCACUUAAUUAAGUUUUCUUUACAAAGUGGUAGCUCUCUUGUAAGGACCAGUAGUACCCAGAAGCAAAGUAGUGAAGAGAAUAUUUCAGAGCCCCUGGGUUUAUUAGCACACAGUUCAGUAAACACCCAAAGGAGACUGACUUACAUUUUAAUGUUACCCUGCAAGAUUGUUAGGAACUUUGUUUCUGAGCUAAAUCAGGGAGAAAGUAAUUCUGGUGGAACUUGUCUUUAACAAAAGGAACCAAACUUUUUCUACUCUACUUGUUCAUCCGAAAAACAAGUGCCAUCACCCUCUCACCCAAAAAAAAGAAAAAAAAGAGAAGAAAAGAAAAAAAACAAACCAGUCAAAUGAGCAUAAUAAGACUGAUUUUAUCAAUUCUGAAUUGCUAAUAUAACAAAUAGCCAUGGGGAAAAUGGCAUGAUGUGAUGUUAAAAGUUUAUGUUUAGAGAAGGUAUAUGCUGAUGUGUACAAUUUGGAGGUUUUUUUUGGAAUUGGAGCCCUGGUUUUGCUGUCUGCUUGUCCAGCUUCCAUGAGCCUCAGCUUCUAACAAGGUCUGUCUGCUCUGAGACUCACUAAAGAUGGGCACCUCACACCUCUCCCCUCGCCCUGCUUUUAAUAGACAUUUCUUUCACAUUCCCUUAUUGCAAAAUAAUAUUCUUUGGGGGAGAGGGGAGGAUUUUUUAAAAGAUAAGAGUCAUUUUAAAAUAUGCCUUUUAAGAAAUAUACACUGUGAUAUACCCGUUGUCUGUAUUUUACGUCAUCUGGAAUGUUCGUCAGAGUUUCUUAAAGCAUUUUUUAAAUUGAAAAUUUCAUAGACUAUAAAAACAUUUAUAAAAUGUAUUUUAUUUGCUGCUACACUAGAUGGGUAUUUUUGCCAAUAAUAAAGCGGUAUAUUUACUA